CCGGUCGCGCCGCGGGUCGUGCGGCGCAGGUGAGUGCGGACUCGCUGCUGCGGUGAGCGGUGUCCUGGCGGUCCUCACGCAGGGUCUCCCGCAGCCAGCCUUGCGGCCCACCACGUCUCGGUGCCCACGGUGGCGACGCGUGUGUGGCGGGCCGCACGCCAGGUCCAGAGCGCUUAGCAGGUGGCCGGUCGGAGGAGCUGUGUCUCUGCAGCCCGAGGGUGACUGCGGUGCGGGGACGAAGCGGCUCGAGGUGACAUCGCCAGUCUUUGGACGCACUGCAUCCCGGCAGGCGCUUCAGCUCCGGCCCUUCCUUGAGAGAGACCAGGUGAUGGCAGCCAUGAUCCCGUCAGUUUGGCCCCAGGUGAGCUGUGGGUCCCUCAUCUCUUCCUCUGGGCAGUUCAGAUUGAGAACUGAGAAGAGACCUGGUGAGACUGGGGAUAAAAACCUGCUUCUGCCUGCCAAGCUGGAUCUUGUGGGGAAGGUGGACAGGCAAGUGGCAGAGACUGGGGCGCUGACCAGUGAAGGCAGCAGCAAAGUGAGCGUAGCAGAGGCAGUCACUCAAGGGUCUCUGCCACUGCACACCAGCACCUGGCAGAGGGAUUUGGGGAAUGGGGCAGUGGAAACCACCCAUGUGUGUUCUUUGCAUGAAUACAAACGGAGGGGCCGCAGAGGUUUGGGGUGACUAAUAGCUGGGGUGGGAGAAGACGAAGAGCUGCAGAUGAAUGAGAAGGAUGGCUGUCUCUGAGGAGGAGGGAUGGGGAAGAUGAUGGGAAGUGGGAGCAAGGAAGCAAAAGACAGGAGACCUGGGCCCUUGGCUGGGGUCUAUGUGGGGAGUCAGGUGGUAAGUGGGAUAGAUGCCCCUGGUGGGGUGGGAGCAUCUGUUUUAGCAAUGAGGAUGAGGGUAAUGAGUGGAGGAACUAGGGGGUGGAGGUAAGCCACGGAGGAGCCAAGAUCUCACAGGGAUGCGUGGGAACUGCAGAUGCCUCCAACCGUCUGCUAAUGAGGGAGUAGCCCAAGAGCAGAAUUGAUGCAGCGUAAUUUGCUUACGGGAAUUCUUUUUCUUUCAGCCCAGUGUGAAAAUGGCAUGCGGAUUCUCUGCUGGCCUGAGCCAUGGAAUUGGCCCUAGGGCAGCAAGAACCUGUUGUUUCAGAAGUUGGUGACCUUUGAGGACGUGGCUGUGUACUUCACUCAGACGGAAUGGGAUAUUCUGUCCCCUGGACAGAGGGCACUGUACAAGGAUGUAAUGCUGGAGAAUUAUAGGAACUUGGCCUCCAUGGGAUUUCCAUUUCUCAAACCUGCUUUGAUCUCACAGCUAGAGGAAGGAAAGGAUCUGGAAAACCUGUCUGAGCUGGCCACUGGAACAGACUCCCAGGGCCUCUGGACUGAAUAUACUGCUAUCCAGAUUGGCAAUAAUUUGACAAAAGAAGUGUAUGAAGAAAAAAAGAGUAUGUUAUUUGACCUUCAGAAGGACUUUCGCCAGGAAACCAAUUUUUCAAAAACUUCUAUUGUAGACCAACAACAGGAAAUCCACUUAACAGGAAGUGUGAAAGAGAAUAUCAGUGCCACUAAUGGAAGAGUUAAGACAAGCUCUACGGACGGGUAUUUAUUUAGUCAGACUCCAAAUGUGUCUCAGAACCAUACCAACUCCAUUGAAGAACAAUAUUCUGAUACCAAACUUACUAAUAAUGAAAAAAUUACUACAGCGGGGAGUUCUUUAAAACACAAAGAAUUAACAGAAACCUCUCAAGGUAGCUCUCAAGUCAAUCAGUUUCUAGAAAGCUCUACUGUGGAGAAGCCUUAUCAAUGUACAGAAUGUGGCAAAGCCUUCAACGUUAAAGCAAAAUUUGUUUGGCAUCAAAGACUUCAUAAUGGAGAGAAACCUUUCAAAUGUGUGGAGUGUGGGAAAUGCUUUAGCUACAGCUCCCACUAUAUCACGCAUCAGACAAUCCACAGUGGAGAAAAGCCUUAUCAGUGUAAGGUGUGUGGGAAAGCCUUCAGUGUUAAUGGAAGUCUAGUUAGACACCAGAGGAUACAUACCGGAGAGAAGCCCUAUCAGUGCCAGGAAUGUGGGACUGGCUUCGGCUGUAGCUCUGCAUACAUCACACAUCAGAGAACCCACACUGGGGAGAAGCCUUAUGAGUGUGGUGACUGUGGGAAAGCUUUCAAUGUUAAUGCGAAGCUAAUUCAGCAUCAGAGAAUUCACACUGGAGAGAAACCUUACGAGUGUGAUGUGUGUGGGAAAGGCUUCAGGUGUAGCACUCAGCUAAGGCAGCAUCAGAGUAUACAUACUGGAGAAAAACCACAUCGGUGUAGCGAAUGCGGAAAAGGCUUCACGAAAAAUGCAAAACUCAUUCAGCAUCAAAGAGUCCACACAGGUGAGAAACCCUAUGAGUGCAGCGAAUGUGGGAAGACUUUUAGUGCCAAAGGGAAGUUAAUCCAGCACCAGAGAAUCCACACAGGCGAGAGACCUUAUGAAUGUAAUGAAUGUGGGAAAUCUUUUCGGUGUAACUCCCAGCUUCGGCAGCAUCUGAGAAUCCACACUGGGGAGAAGCCAUAUAAGUGCAGUGAGUGUGGAAAGGCCUUCAACGUUAAUGCGAAACUAAUGCAGCAUCGGAGAACUCACACAGGGGAAAAACCUUUUGAAUGUAAUGAAUGUGGAAAGUGCUUUACUUCUAAAAGAAACCUCCUUGAUCAUCAGCGGACCCAUACUGGAGAAAAGCCAUUUCAAUGUAAGGAAUGUGGGAAAGCUUUCAGUAUCAAUGCCAAGUUAACGAGACAUCAACAAAUACAUACUAGGGAGAAACCUUUCAAGUGUAUGGAAUGCGGGAAAGCAUUCAGCUGUAGUUCUGACUAUAUUGUGCACCAGAGAAUCCACACUGGAGAGAAACCCUUUCAAUGUAGUGAGUGUGGGAAAGCCUUCCAUGUCAAUGCUCAUUUAAUUAGACACCAGAGAAGCCAUACUGGGGAAAAACCUUUCCGAUGUGUUGAGUGCGGCAAAGGCUUCAGCCUUAGUUCUGACUGUAUUAUACACCAGACUGUGCAUACUUGGAAGAAGCCCUAUGUGUGUAGUAUAUGUGGAAAAACUUUCAGAUUUAGCUUCCAACUUAGUCAGCACCAAGCUGUUCAUAGUGGAGAAAAAGCCUAACAGAUGAAGAAAACAACAAACAAAAAAUGCUAUGUUUAAUAGGAAAUAGAUCAUGACUCAUCAAUUAUUACUCAGAAGAAAACCACCACCAGAGGGAAUGAAUAUGGCAGUCUUCAUUUAGAAACAAUGUUUUUGUUUUACUCUAUUUUUAAUCAAGAUUAGAUGAGCAACUGGAAAGUUGUAUCUAAAAUAACUUAGUCAGGCAAUAUAAUGAAAGAAAACAUUCUAUCCCCGGCAGCAUCAGGACAAGUAGAUUUUCUAGGAAUAAUUAUUUUGUGGGACUAAAGAAAAUUAAGGAUUCUCCACUGAGGGAAACCAAAGGAAAAGGGAUGGAGAGAAAUUAAGUUAUUUCUGUUUAGUUUUUGACAACAAGAGUACAUUACAUUUCCUGAAAAGGGGGGAGAUAUUUAAAAAAUUGUUUGAUACAAGUCUAAAAAUAUCAGAUCCAGGGACUGGAGAGAUGGCUCAGUGGUUAAGAGCACUGGCUAUUCUUCCAGAGGUCCUGAGUUCAAUCCCCAGCAGCCAUAUGGUGGCUCACAAGCAUCUGUAAUAGGAUCUGAUGACCUCCUGGCAUGCAGGUAUACAUGCGGAGCACUCAUACAUAAAAAAAAUAAAUAAAGUUAAAAAUAUUUUUAGAAAUCAGAUCCAAAGUAGAGAUGAACUAUAAGGAAAAUGUUGGCAAAUGACUCAUUGAAAAAUAAACCUGUGUGUUCUGUCGUUAAUAAUUCCAAAUAAGUUUGAAAUGUAAAGCAUACACACAAAAAUGGAAAUACCAUUGUAAAAUUUGUGAUAUAAAGUGUAAUAUAUAGUAUCCAGAUUUUACAAAAGAUAACUUACAAAUCAACAGUGACAUUAACAGGCAACGCUUCAAAAUCACAAGCAUUCGAAAAAGUGUUCCACCUUAGUCAUACUCCAAGGAGUGAAAAUUAGUGAGGACAUUUUUGCAUGUCACAUUGAGCAUAUGAUAUGCAUAUCCCCCAAUACUAUGCAGCCCUCAGUAAUUAUAGAUGCUAUAUUUGCUAUAGAUGCCUGCCAUACAAGCAUAAAAUAUAUUUAACAAAAUAGCACAUUAGAGCUCCUAUUUUGUAGUGUCUGAACUCUUCAAACAUGGCUAUGUCCUGAAGGAAUGUGUCUGCCUUGGAUUUCAACUCUGUGAUGUCUUGGGUUCCAUGAAAAUGUUGGAAUUCUCAAGCUACUCUGUGAAGUCUCUCACCCACUUUAAAGAAAUCUAAGUCAGUCAUUGGUAAGAUCAUGUAAGCUGCCAAGAAGCUGAGAAACAGCAGUUAUAUAUUUCUGCUGUGUUGUCAGCUGUUAAUGGGUAGUAAGGGAAAUGUUUUUCUACUCAGAACAACUCUACUACCAAAUAUUCAGGUUUCUAUACCAGUUCAGUUGUCUGCAGACACCAACUAGAUGCCCUCCAACUUCUAUCAGUUUGGAUACUACCCAUAAUAAACAUCCUACUGGUGAAAUUGGCUCAGUCUGGGAAGACUGCCUCACCCCCUCCCCCCAUCUUCAGACACUAGUGAUGAGUCCUACAUUUCUGAUUUGGCUACAAAUUGAACCCUUCUGAGUUCAGUAAUUUGCUGCAGUAUCUCACGGAACCUAGAGAGACAAUUUACAGCUACGAUUACUCUAGAGACUAUUGUGAAUGUCACAUGAACAGCCACAUGAAGAGAUACUUAGAGCAAGGGCCACAGGGUUCCCAUGUGCAGGUGCUUUUGCCCUCCAUGGAGUUGGUUCACAUCUCCCUAUGUCUGUUGGGAUGUUUGGUGGUUGUCUGUCUCUAGGUCAGCAGUAAGCAGGAUAAAAUGGAAACUUGGCACCUUGAAAGCUAUCAAUUCUAUGAACACAAGCAUUAGGCAACCCAGAGAACUGGUGUUUUUCUUCCAUACAGCAGUUCUUUGCAAGACAUCUUCAUUGAAACGUGCAAGGGCUAGUGAGAUGGCUCAGCAGGUAAAGGCCCAAGUCCAGUCUCUAGAACCCAUAUGGUAGAAAGAGCAGAACUCACACAAGUUUCUCUGGUCUCUGUGCGUGCAUGAAAAUAAUCAAAUUUUAAAACUAGAAUACCCAUAUAAUAAAAUUAAGCAUUCUGAUCCUUUUGAAGUGUGCAAUUUGUCUUUCCAAAUAAAUCUAGUAAAUUGAAAAA